AUGAUUAUGAAAUUAUGUUUUUUUAUUUUAAUAUGUUUUAUUUAUUCAUUUGUACAAGCAACAAAAGAAGUUGUUUUAUUAGAUACACGUGAAGCUCGUGAUUAUCUUAAUUGGGAUAAAACAUCAAAUAAUGGAAAUUUAAAUGAUGGUUGGGGUGAAUUAAGUUUUGAAGCUAAAACAUUUCCAACACUUUUAUUAUUAUCAUCAACAUCAACAUUAUGGCGUACACAAUAUGUAUGUGAUAUAACAUCAGAACGUCAUGUUGAUAAUUGGUUACGUUCACCAUAUUUUAAACGUCAACAAGCACAACGUAUUGAAAUUGAACUUGGAUUUUCUAUUCGUGAUUGUUCAACAUUUCAAACACCAAAUGAAAUACGUUCAUGUCGUGAAACAUUUGAACUUUAUAUACAUGAAAGUGAUUAUGAAGAUAAUGAUCUUUUAUGGUCAUCUUAUAAAUUAGUUGAUAUUAUUGCUGGAAAUCGUUUUACAUCAAAUAAUUAUGGUAUACAAGCAUCAUCAUCAAAUGGAAAUAAUUUAACAGUUAAUGUUAAAACUCGUGGUAUAUCUGUAAAUAAAAAUGGUUUUUAUAUUGCAUUUCGUGAUCAAGGUGCAUGUGUAUCAUUAUUAUAUGUUAAAAUUUUUUAUCGUUUAUGUCAAGAUACAACAAUUGGUCUUGUACAUUUUCCUGAAACACCAACGGGUGCACAUUUAACAGAUAUUGUUGAACGUCAUGGUAUAUGUACAAGUAAUUCAAAAACUAUUAAUAAACCAUUAGGUUUUUGUAAAGGAAAUGGUGAAUGGGCUUUUCAAGAAACAUCAUUACGCGAUAGUUGUCAUUGUCAAGAUGGUUAUGAACUGCUCAUUGAUAAUAAUAAUAAUAAGAAUAAUGGUCUUCUAUCUCGUGCCAUUUGCAAGGCUUGUUCAAUUGGAACUUUUAAAUCAACAAUUAACAAUAAUCAUCGAUGUGAACGAUGUCCAUUAAAUAGUCAUACGAAAGAUAAAGGUGCAUCAUCUUGUAUAUGUAAUGAUGGAUUUUUUCGUCUUAAUACAUCAUUAUCUAAUUCACCUUGUAUUGGAAGUCCUAUUGAACCACAAAAUGUAACAGUAGAUGAUAUAGAUCAAGCAUCAAUUAAAAUUUCAUGGAAACGAUCAUUAGACUCAUCAUCAAAUGAUAUUGUCUAUCGCAUUGAAUGUAACCGUUUAAUUGAAGGUCGACUAGUCUCUUGUGAAUCUUAUAUAACAUAUCAACCAAAUCGUACAUUUAUUAAUGGUACAAGUGUACAAAUUUUCGGUCUUGAUGCUGAUACAAAUUAUAAUAUUGAAAUUUAUGCUGAACAUAUUUCUACACAUUUAUUAAGUAAAUCAGUUGAUUUAUCAUUUACAACAAAACGACCAAUACCAAAAUUAAUUCGUGAUAUAAAUAUUCGACGUAUAUCAUUAAAUACAAUAGUAAUAACAUGGUCAUCAAAUGAUUUUGAUCAUUAUCAAAUACGUUAUUGGUCAUUAUUAGAUGAAAAUAAAAAAUUUCUUAUAACACUUUUAUAUAAUAAUUUUACAUUAAUAACACAAACAGAUAAUUAUAAAUUUCAAAUACGUGGUCAUACACGUUUUGGUUGGAGUUUAUAUACACAAGAAAAACUUCUAUCAUUAAGUUCAAUGUUAAUUAAUGAACAAUAUUUAACAAAUAAAAAAUUAACCGAUGUUACAAUAAAAUUUGUUGAAAAUAAAACUAUAUUACUUAUUGGACCAUUUAUUAUUCUUACAUUACUUAUUACAGUUAUUAUUUUAGCAUUUAUUUAUUCAAAAAAAAGACGAUCAUGUCGAUUAAAAACAGCAAGUGAUUGUGAAUCAUUAGAUUAUCAAAAACGACAAGUACUUACAGGUGGCUAUCGACCAAUGAUGUUACGCUAUACAAGUAAUCCAACAAAUCAAACUGUAACUCAAUUGAGUGGUCAUUAUGGACCCGAUGCAUUCUUCAAUUCUGGCUGGUCAGCACCAUUAUGGCCUCCAAUUCCAACGACAGCAAAGACAUAUAUUGAUCCUCAUACAUAUGAAGAUCCAACAAAAGCCGUCAAAGAUUUUGCACGUGAAUUAGAUCCAAAUUUAAUAGUCAUUGAAUCAGUCAUUGGAGGCGGCGAAUUUGGUGAUGUCUGUCGAGGUAAACUACGUAAACCAAAUUUCAUGAAAGAUAUACCAGUUGCAAUAAAAACAUUAAAACAAGGUGCAACAGAAAAAACACGUCUAGAUUUUUUAUCUGAAGCUAGUAUUAUGGGACAAUUUGAUGAUGAAAAUGUUAUUUAUUUGGAAGGUGUUGUUACAAAACAUCAUCCAAUUAUGAUUGUUACAGAAUAUAUGGAAAAUGGUUCAUUAGAUACAUAUCUUCGAGCAAAUGAAGGAAAUAAAUGUCUUGAUGCAUUACAAUUAACACGUAUGUUACGUGGUAUUGCAUCUGGAAUGAAAUAUUUGUCAGAUAUGAAAUAUGUUCAUCGAGAUUUAGCAGCACGAAAUAUUCUUGUAAAUAAAGAUCUUAUAUGUAAAGUAGCUGAUUUUGGUUUAAGUCGUGAAAUUGAUGAAGGUGAUAGUUAUACAACUAAAGGUGGAAAAAUUCCAAUACGUUGGACAGCUAUUGAAGCAAUUGAUUAUCGAAAAUUUACAUCAGCAUCUGAUGUAUGGAGUUUUGGUGUAUUAUGUUGGGAAGUUGUUUCAUUUGGUGAAAGACCUUUUUGGAAUUGGUCAAAUCAAGAUGUUAUUAAAGCUAUUAAAAAUUCUUAUCGUCUUCCACCACCUAUGGGUUGUCCUGAUGUAUUAUAUAAAUUAAUGCUUAUUUGUUGGAAUGAAGAAUAUUUAGAAAGACCAAAAUUUUGUGAAAUUGUACAACAAUUAACACAAUUUAUUCAAGUACCUAGUCGACUUCUGCCACUAGCAAAACAAAGAUUCGUUUUUGUCAAUCAUCCAGAUCAACCUAAUUUUGCUCAAGUAACAUCAAUUAUUGAUUGGCUUCAUAAUUUACAACUUGAUCGUUUAAUAAGAUUAUUUAUAAGUGCUGGUUAUACAAAUCUAUCACAAAUAUGUCAUUUUAAUCAAACAGAUUUACAUGAUAUUAUUGGAAAUAGUAUAUCACUUGAUGAACAAUCUCGUUUAUUAGAUGCAUUAAAACAUGUACGAUCUCAAUUGGUAUUGAUAUCAUCAAAAUCAUUGUUGCCUGGUGAAGGUUAUCUUGUAUAA